GUUCCUCGGCGCGGCCGCCAUGGCGCCGCUGGGCUGGCCGGGGCCGUUGCCGCCGCCGUUGCUGCCGCUGCUGCUCGGCCUGGCCCUCGGCCCCGCCGCCGCGGAGACGCUCCGGCUGGAGGCGCUGGGCGAAGCGGAGGAGCUGGCGGAGGAGUUGCGGUGGGGCGCGGGGCUGCCCGGCGACCUGCCCGAGCUGGAGCCCGAGUGCCGCCGCCUCCUCGCCGCCUUCGCCGAGGGCAGCGCGGCGCUGACGGGCUGCCUGGGCCGCCGCGCCCGCCCGGUGCGGCUGUGCCAGGCCUGCCACCGCCACUACCGCCGCCUCCUCGCGCAGUACGGCAGCAUCGCCCGCGCCCUCGGGAAUUCUUCUGAGAGCCAUAAUUGCGCCAAAAGCAUCUUGACCUCAGACAGGCUGCAGAUAGUUGUGACCCUUUCGGAGUUCUUUAACGAAACCUGGGAGGCAGCCAACUGUGCAAAUUGUUUAAAGAACGGCAGUGAGGGAUUAUCAAAUUCUACUGUAGAAUUCCUGGAUUUAUUCAAUAAAUCUCUGACAUGUUUUGAACAUAACCUUCAGGGACAAACCAUCUAUCUGUCACCAAAUAACUACACAGAAGUAUGUAAAAACUGCAACGAAACCUACAAAAUGCUGAAUGACCUGUAUAACAACUUGCAAAGGAUGAACAGGCAAGGUGGUGAGUCUGGGCACUCCGCGCACCUGUGUAUCGACGUGGAAGAUGCAAUGAACAUCACUCGGAAGCUUUGGAGCAGGACUUUCAACUGCUCUGUUCCCUGCAGCGAUACCGUCCCAGUGAUUGCAGUUUCGUCCUUUAUUCUCUUCCUACCUAUUGUUUUUUAUCUUAGUAGCUUCCUUCACUCGAAGCAGAAGAAACGGAUACUCAUUCUGCCCAAGCGCAUCCAGUCAAAUGCCAGUCUUGUGAACAUCCAAGAAAAAUACAGCUGAGCUGCAAAACAAAACCUGAGAGCUGCUGCUGGUAUACAGUGGGUACAAUUGUGUUGGAAUGAGGCCGGCACAAAAGAGGAGUUAAUUAUGGUUUAGUGUAAUGAUACAGAGCAACACAAGUUAAACAAAAUGCUGUCUGACUUCUAAGCGAGGAUAUUAACAAACAUGACAAGGCAGGGCUGUGUGACACUGUAUGGACUCUGGGUUUGAAAAAUCUUUGGGGUUUUUUUCAGCCUCGGGCUAAUGUUGGUGUUUUCCUGUUUCUAAGCUUUUGUACUUCUCAUCAAUAGAAUAACUACACUUUUCUUGCAUGGUAUUUUUACAUAUUUAUCGCAUUUGUUUCAAGGAAACCUGAGAUUCUGAAUCUUUUUGAGGUGACUUUCACAGACAGACGAAGCUUGAAAUAAUACUUGACGUUUGUGCUUGAAACAUCAUGUUUAAUUUCCACAUAAUAUUCAGUCUUAUCAGACUUGGGAUGGACAGGAAACCUUUCAAAAAGAAAAAGUUCCCAUCUUUCCUAUACCACUCCAAAGUCAUGGUAUCUGUUAAAAAAAAAAAAAAAAAAGCAAAGGGCAUAAAAUAUGCAGAGAAAGCAGUAAUAUAUAAUGUCCAAAGCCGGUAACAGAACUGCCAGUGCCGGACUUGAACAGUAAUCGCUGAUGACUCCAGUAUUCAGUUAUCUCUGAAACAGGCGGUGUCUUUAGUCAUUUGCACAUUUUAACCACUAAAAUCACUGCUUUUCAGAAGUUACAUUUUCAGAAGCUUAUUUUAGAUGUCUGCUUGAGUAGCUGAAUGUUUCACUGUUUGUCUGUUUAUUGUGUUAUUUGCUUUCCUUUAUAAUUAUAAAUGAUUUUUUUUUUUUUUUAAUUGUUUUUGUGGAGAAGUGAGGUAAAGUCAAGUCACUGGAGGUGCUGGAUUUCCUGGUCUAGAGCUUGCUAUGGCUUAAUACAGAGGAACUUUGUAGGGGAAAAGUUACCUUUUGUAGAUAACAUGUAUUUUUAGAGAUAAAUGAACCAGCAGGUUCUCUAAUUUAAAAACUGUCCAGAAAGACAGUGAAGAUACUGUGUUUGGAAUUGAUGACUUUCAAGGAAUAGUUUAAAAAAAAUUAGGCCUGUGAGAUAGGUGAAUGUAAACAAAUUCAAGCUGGCAGGGUUCCAAAGCUGAUGGAGAAAUUAAUGCAGUAGCUGUGGGGAUGGAUGGUGCUACUGACAGGCUGCGGGCACAGUUCAGCGGCUGCAGCAAUACCGGCAGUUCCGUUUGGUUAUGCUGGUCCUGCUUUGGGAGAGCCCUGGGGGUCACACGGUGUGCAGCGGUACUGGAGGUUAAUGAAUGCCAGAGUCUUUGCUUCCAUUUUUAAAUUUGUUUUCUAACCUUGCGGUGAAAAUGAGUGGCCAUUAACAGUUAAAAAAUGAAAUUUCUCUUGGAGUCUUUGUGUCUGAUGUCUGUCAAAAAACUCCACGAAACAGUCUUAUGUGUUUGACUUGCUUUGGAGCCUAUGAUGUUAAAUUUUCCUUUCCAUUAAGGCUCAAAUAAAUAUAUAACAAUGUAACAAAACAGUCCUAAAGCUCUUCAAGUCGUUGGUUCUUUUUUUUUUUUUUGAGUUAGGACAUACUGUUGGUUCUAAAGUCAAGCUGACAGUAUGUUUAAGUAAAAUACUGUGUUAGCAAUUGGUCCCACCCACAUGAUUGCCUUUUUGUAUUUUAUCAGUAAGAAGUAUUCAUCUCCCUCUGUUAAACAUGUGAAUCACUAGGUCAACAGUCAGUUUAUUCUAGGUAGUUUACAACAAUAACAUAAAACUGUAUUUCUCCUGCUUAUUACAUAAAGAUACCAUCUUGCGGCUGGGAGAGGCGUGCUGCCUUUUUUUUAAAAAAAAAAAAGAUUAUUUUUUAUAUUUAUUCUUCAACUUUCUGGGACUUAUUCAGCUGCCUGCUGUAAUAGCAUUACAUUGAUCUGGGACAUCAUAUGAUGGAGAGCUGUUCAAAGCAAUCUUUCAUUCGUGCAGAUAAAGCCGGUUUGUACGCGCAGCACUUCAGAAUGACAGCUUUUAUACUGUAAGCAGUGGCUUUUUGAGCACAUUCAUAUUAAGUAGGUCUGAAAGUCAUUACUUUUGGAUAUGGUGGUUAAGCACUUUAAGAAAAAAAAAAAAAAAAUCAGCUUUUCUUAUUUUCCUGGCUGCUAAGCCAAACGGAAAUACACAUUUGACUUUUGUUGGUUUUUAUUUUAAAACAGCAGUAAAGUUUACACUUGAGAUUUUGAAUAUUACAUCUAUAUUUUCUCUUUUUUUUUUUUUUUUUUUCCCCACCAAACUUUGUACUACUAACUUUCUUUACACAGUGUUAUAUUUUUGGUAGGAUGUUUCAUAUAUAAAUUUAUUGAAUUCUCUUUAUACUCUAUUUCCUAGUGAAAUGUGGAAGCACAUAGACUGUUGAAGGAGAACUGGAAUUCUUUUUGCUGCUAGUCUUUCAUCUUGGUUUAUCUUUUGCCUUUUUGGUGAACUUUGAGAUACUAGCCGUUUGUAUCUUUUUGUGCGGAUAAAGAUUUCUUACCGUGGGGUAGCACUUUGAAUCAUGUUUAUACUUACAAGGAAACCUCUAACGCGGAAAGUCAGCUCUAAUAAAGGUUGUCAGUGAACAGCGAA